AUGGACACAGAGCAGCCUGAAGACUGGGACACUGGUGAAAUGUCAGGACGAGUCAGUAUUGGUAGUCACAAACUAUGGUUGAGCGUACACGGCCCAGAUCGGAAGCCUGGCGACCCGCUAGUGAUCAUCAUCCCAGGCUUAGCAAAUAGCACUUCGGGCUGGGCUGCUGUCCGACGCGGUUUAACUGCUUUCGCCCGAGUCUUACAAUAUGAGAGAUCUGGGUAUGGGGAAAGCGAUGUCUCGACUGAGAAGCCAACAGCAUCGUCUAUUGCCAAAGAGCUUAGCCUACUUCUUAGGAAUGCAAAUCUACUUCCACCAUAUGUGGUUGUCGCUCAUUCAUGGGGCGGCAUUUUAAGCAGAGAGUUUUUGGCCUUACAUCCUAAGGAUAUCAUAGGGAUGAUAUUCAUUGAGGCAAACCAAGAACGUACGCUAGACGUCUUGGAUUGGCGGCAGUUGGCUCUGUCAGAUCUACUGAUUGGCGUCAACAGCUCUGACGUUACGGGCAUAUCGCAGAAUCAUAAGCUCACUGACGAGGAAUGGCGCAUUUACGAAGACACUAAAGGCACAGAGAAGCACCAGAGACAAGCAGCCCUAGAAUUCGCCGAAUAUCCAAACAGCUUUUCUGUUUUGAAAUCAAAAUCUCAGCUACAUAGAGCAUCGCCAUUCUUGGGUGACCACCCUGUCUAUGUCAUUAGAGGCAACAAUAAAGCGGAUUUUGAGAAGCUCUUGAAAGCAGGUCUAGCCCGAGGUAAUGGUGGUGGCGCCAAACAAGCUGAGUUUGAGGAAAUACUCGGUACUUGGGACGAGAAGGACCAAACCUUACAGUCUGAGAUAUUGUUACUCUCAUCUAGAUCACGAUAUAUUAAGACAGAGAAAAGUGGACAUAAUAUACACUUAACUGAGCCGGAGCUCAUUGUUGAGAGCGUUAGCUGGGUCUUGUCACACUCUAACAAGAACGUUAAGUAA